UCUUUAAAAGAUGGCCUCAUUGAUAUGUGUUGCUGCAACUUCUUUGAAUCAAUGGGCGAUGGACUUUGACAGUAAUUUGAAGCGAAUCAUUGGUAGUGUCGAAAAGGCUAAAAGAGAUGGUGCAAGAUAUCGAUUUGGACCAGAACUCGAGAUUUGUGGAUAUGGAUGUGCAGAUCAUUACUUUGAAGAAGACACAAUUUUACAUUCCUGGGAAGCUCUUGCAAAGAUAAUUGCCGAUAGAAGCCUUGAUGACAUAGUUAUUGAUACAGGUAUGCCCGUUCUGCAUAAGAGUUGUUUAUACAACUGUCGAAUUGUAAUUUUAAAUGGAAAAAUACUUGGAAUUGCUCCCAAGAAAAAUCUUGCUAAUGACGGUGGGAAUUACCGGGAAAUGCGCUACUUUGUCUCUUGGAAAAGCUUGGAAGUAGACGAACUGAGGCUUCCUAGUUGUAUUUCGAAUGUGCAUGGGCAAAAGACAUGUCCUAUUGGCAUGAUGGUUUUUCAAACAGCGGAAACUGUUUUUGGAGUGGAGACUUGCGAAGACAUGUGGACGCUAAAAAAUCCCCACAUAGACUUGUUUCUCCAAGGAGCAGAGUUAAUUUUCAAUUCAUCUGCUUCUCAUUUCAGCCUGCAAAAGUAUUGGGACCGGAGGCUUCUGACUUCAAGUGCUUCUCUUCGAUUUGGAGGACUUUAUGGGUUCUGCAACACGCACGGCUGCGACGGAGACCGAUUGUAUUUUGAAGGGGAAACAUUCUUUGUUUUGAAUGGAGAAAUAGUUGAGCGCAGUGAGUUGUUUUCACUGAAAGACGUUCAGUGUCUUACUUGUGCCAUUGAUUUAAAUGAUAUCAGAGCCUCUCGACGGACGGUUAUGAGCUCGAUGAAUGGUGCUUCUUUGCAUCAGACUCAUACAACCAUAAAAAUUGUGGACUUAUCGCAUUUUUCGUUGAAACCUUCAUCUCAAAAUCCGAAGCUCUCCUUGCCAAUUGUGCUACAGGACCUCAUUCCAGAAGAAGAAAUCAGUCAUGCACCGGCUAAGUGGCUGUGGGACUAUCUACGACGAUCUUCGUUAGCAGGAUUCUUUCUCCCUCUGUCCGGUGGAAUUGACAGUGCCUCCGUUGCUUGUCUUGUUGCUUUCAUGUGCCAUCAUCUUGUCAAAGAAAUAUCGGAUGGCAAUGAACAAGUUUUAUCCGAUGUUCGGAAAGUUGUAGGUGAGGAUAAUUACGCGCCCGUUGACAGGCGUGAUUUGGCUUCUCGUCUUCUCUACACCUGCUACAUGGCAACUGAGAAUUCUUCAGAUUUCACUCGCAACAGCGCGUCAAGUUUGGCUCAAGGGGUCGGGAGUACCCAUAGAAACAUAGUCAUUGACUUAGCUGUUAAUGCAGUUGUAUCGAUCUUUCAAACAGCCACUGGUUUCGUGCCAAAGUUCAAAGCACACGAGGGGUCGAAUUCGGAAAACCUAGCGUUGCAGAAUAUACAGGCGAGACUAAGAAUGGUUUUUGCCUAUCUUUUUGCGCAGCUGAGCGUGUACGUUAAAACGGGAAAAGAAGGAUCGCUGCUAGUUCUUGGAUCGGGUAAUGUGGACGAGGCUCUUCGUGGAUACCUGACGAAGUACGAUUGCUCCUCGGCUGACAUAAAUCCGAUUGGCGGGAUUUCGAAGACUGACUUGAGGAAAUUCAUUCUUUACACUUCAGAUCAGUUAGACAUUCCGAUUCUGAAAGAGAUUUAUAAAGCGCCCCCGACAGCAGAGUUGGAACCUCUGAAUACGGAUGGAGCAAUUCAGCAAACUGACGAAGAUGACAUGGGAAUGACGUAUGACGAACUAUCCAUCUAUGGCAGGCUGAGAAAAUCCAACAAAUGUGGGCCGUAUUCGAUGUACUUGAAACUUGUACAUGUUUGGACCCAUUUAUCGCCGCUGGAGGUAGCAAGAAAAGUGAAAUACUUCUUCAGAAUGUAUUCAAUAAACAGACACAAACAGACAGUGUUGACCCCGUCUGUACACAUGGAGAAUUAUAGCCCCGACGAUAACAGAUUUGACCUGAGACAGUUUCUGUACAAUGUCAACUGGCCUUGGCAGUUCAGAGCGAUUGACAGACAUGCAAGUGAAACGAAAGAAAAGUGACUGAUUUUAAACGAGCUGAUAAUACCAGGAGUAUCAAAAGACUUGAUUACUAACCAUUCCGGGUUUCUUCUGUUAUAUCCCUGUGAAUUCGUCCUAGGUUAAAAGUGAUAAUAGUUUUGAGCCGAUCAUUUUGUUAUACCGUUUUCUGUGACGAAAUAUUUGAUAUUUUAGUUUUGGUGGAUAUAAAAGAAGAGACCCACUUAUGAUUCACUUCGUAACGACGCGUUGUUAGAUUUUGUAAGCUUAGUU